AUGGCUGACAUACAGACACGUCGGCAGUCAGCGCGUGUGGCGCAAAAGCAAAAGCGCUCACUGGAUGCACCGAGCGAGGAGGCAGAGGCGCCUUCACCGAAGCAGACCAAGACGUCGACGCCGGCCACAAAGCCACUGCGCGUUGGUGACACACUUCCAUCCGUCGAGCUCGUCGACCAGGAUGGCAAGACGGUGAAUGUGGGCGAGUUGCGCAAGGUGGUGAUAUUUACGUAUCCUAAGGCCAAUACGCCUGGAUGCACGAGGCAGGCACAGUGCUUCCGUGAUGCGAGCAGCGACUGGAAGCAGGCGGGGUACGACAUCUUUGGGCUGUCGAGUGACUCGCCCAAGGCGCAGUCGACAUGGGCCAAGAAACACGCACUACCGUAUCGCCUGUUGUCUGAUCCAACGCGGACGGUGAUCGGCGCGCUUACCGGGACCAAGGCCAGCACGAAGCGCAGUCACUUUGUUGUUGGCGAAGACGGCACACUUACGCUUUCGACAGUGGGCGUCAAGCCUGGCGAGAGCUCAAGUGCGGCGCUCAUGUCGGUGUCGCCGGCCCAGUAA